AUGGCCCGGACGCCAAAUCGACGGAAGGCGAAGACAAAAGCGGGGCCCAAGCCGAAGCUCGCAGGAGCAGCGGCCGGGGCAGGGGCAGGGGCAGGGAGUCGCGCAAAGCCGUCGAGCGUACGAGUGGACCAACGCAUCCGGCAGAACGCGAUAAACGACGCGGAGCUACGCGCCAAUGCGCAGACGAUCCUCUCUGCGAUCCACGAGUCUCGGCCAAGGAAUACGACCUCGGCGUACGCACCGAAGCAAGAGGAAUUCGAGCAAUUCUGCCGCCACAAACAGUACUGUGACGGCGCUACGGUCACAGAGGAGAAGCUCCUCCUCUUCCUCGUCGAGGAGGUGGCCGGUCGGCCCUUGAAGGUCAGGAGCCGCAAGGCCGCCACUGAUACUCCGCAGGACGAGACCCGCCUGGCCUGGCGGUCGGUCCGAACUUAUGUCACCGCAAUCACGGAUCUUUACCGGACGCAGAAGGCCCUCGGAAUGAAUACGCACCCGUCGCCGCGCGAGGACAACGAGAACUAUGCCGAUAAAGGCCGCGAUACUCUGCUCGAUGGUUACUCGGAGUCCGAGUUCGAACGAGUAUGCCACGAGCUGUGGGCCCACAGCGGCACAUCGCCCGAGUGUCAUUUUCGGACCCUCGUGGAUCUCCUCUUUGGCCAUUAUCUUCUCACCCGUGGCGGCGAUCGUCGGGCUGCAGAGAUCUCAGACCUAUUCACCUUUGAGUUUGCCGGGGAGGGCUCGACCCGGUGCAUGCCGCUCAUCUUUACGACACGAGCCGGCAAGCAGAACCAGCACGGCCGCCUCGAGACCGCCGGCGCGUAUCGGAAUAGGAACCCGCUAAUCUGCAUCUUGGGUGGCCUCUCGUUCUACCUCUUGUAUCGUUGGGAUCUCGGUAGUGAGCCGUUUCCCGAUUUCAGCAGGCGGUCCUCGUGGUACGACAUCCGGCUAAUCAAGGGUAACGGCACCGGCCGGACGGCGGCUUUCUCGUACAACUCACAGCGCGAGUGGGUUGUCAAGGCCUUCGCCUACGCCGGCGUCACGUCGCAGAAGAAGACGCAUGAGCAGAUGGUCGGCUGUUACCUGAACUCGUUGCCUCGCAAGUUCAUGCGUACGAUGGCCGGGCACCCGCCGCAGGCCGGAUGCUUCGAGAUACGCCGUGCCGGCGUGACGCCGCCGGAGGUCCUGCUCUCGAUGAUCUGGCCCGAGCUGGACCGUUGGCGAGGCCGGUUCGGUCCCGGUACCGAGCAGGAGAACGACCUGGCAGCGAUGGCCCCGUUUGGAACCACCCGGUCUUCCGGCAUCCGGCCUACGCCCCGUUCGCGCACCAGCUAUCGGACUUCAUCCUUGAAGAGGAGCGUCCAAGCCAGCUUGCAGUCCUAG